AUGGUCAACAUCUGCUGCCUGUGCUGCGGUGAAAUCCCUCAACCCCGCCCCCCUCCGUCCGGCCAGCCGGGAGGACCACCGCGGGAUCCCCUCUCCAUGCAGCAGCAGCAACCGCAGCCUGCUGGCUCCGGCCCAGAUGCUGUGGGGCUGAAGAGGGCACAAAAAGCGGGAGCAAACGGGGGGAUGUUUAGAAUAGAGCAAGCUCCCAAGGAGACUGAGGGAGGGGAAGAGCAGGUGGCAGAGCAGGUGGAGGAGGAGGAGGCUUCACCUGAGAGUGAUGUUCAGGAGGAGCAGCAUCCAGUGAAGCAGUCCCUGGGUGCCUGUGUCUGCCGGGAGUCUCACUGGCGCUGCCUGCUGCUCUCUCUGCUCAUGUACAGCUGCCUGGGUGUGGUAGCCUGGUGUCAGCUGACUCGGGUCACCAAGAUUAGCUUCAACUCUGCCCUCACCUCCUCCUUUACAGCCUCCUUCACCUCCUCCCUGCAUGGGUCCUCAGGGAUGAGAGGACACUCAAUGAUCUACCACGACAGCCCCUGCUCUGACGGCUACAUCUACAUCCCUCUGGCCUUUCUGUUCAUGCUCUAUGUGUUAUAUAUGGUGGAGUGCUGGCACUGCAGAGCCAGGAGCGAGCUGCAGUGCAAAGCAGACGUGGAGAGCGUGUAUGAACGCGUGCUGCGGAUGCGUCAGGCCCAGCCCUGUAUAUGGUGGAAGGCCAUCAGCUACCAUUUUGUCCGACGGUCUCGGCAAGUCACUCGCUAUCGUAACGGGGAUCCCUACACCACCACACAGGUUUAUCACGAGAGAGUGAACACACAUGUGGCUGAGGGUGAGUUUGAUUACAGCCGCUGUGGGAUGAAAGACAUGUCACGUGACCUCAGAGGCUUGGAGAGACACCCAACAACACGCCUGUGCUUCACCAAGUGUUUCAGCUUCACUGAGGCUGGUCCAGAAAAUGAUUACCUCAACCAGAGAGCCGGCUUCUUCUCUGAAAUUGAGGGUUUGGAUGAUUACAUGGAGGCCAGGGAGGGGAUGCAGCUUAAAAAUAUGGACUUCAGAGAAAACCUCAUAGCCUGUGUAGACCCAGACAGGAUGCCUUGGUAUAACUCCCAGGUUGCCUUCUGGCUGGCGGCUCUGCUCAUGCUGUCCUGGCCUUUGAGAGUGCUCAUUGAGUACCGCACAGCUUAUGUGCACUACCGCAUAGAGAAACUAUUUGGGUUAGAGUACAGCCACAGCAGCCCCUCACCUCUGGAUGAGGACAGGCCUGUGGGGACUAAUACUGGUUAUGUUAUUCCAAGAGUAGACACGCUGGAUAGCACUGAAAUGGAGUGGCACAUACGCUGCAACUGCCAGGUGAUUCCCAGCUACUCAGAGGCCGUGCUGAUCAACAUGAGCACAGCAGACUUGAGCUCAUUUCAAGACAGCGACUACACCUCUUCCUCCAACUGCUUCCUGUUGGACAGCAGCCAGGCUGCUCAGAGCUACGGCACUCUGCAAGGCCAGGACGACUGCGAGCGAUGCUGUGAGCCAACCGGAGGCAGGAGGAGGACCAUCUCCAGCUCUAGCUCUUCCUCCAUUUUCUCCUGCCGGGGAACGCUGCUCCACUCUCACCUCUCCUUGAACACGUCUCGCUUCUCUCUCUGCCGCAUGUACGGCUCCCAUCGCACCUUGGCUCUGUGGAGGAGCCGCAGCAGCAACCUGACGGGCCCCUGCUGCAUGGAUGAGCAGUGCUGCAGGUCCAAUUCCAGCCAGCUGGCUCUAAGUGACAGUCCACCCACGUAUAGAGAUGCUCGAUUCUUCCCAGCUCUCAUUGUGCAUAGGUCUGAGGGCUUUGGCAGUGAGGGAGGGAGGGAAGUGAGGCGUUACUAUAUACGGAGAGGGUCAUCCUGUGCAGAGACGACUCUAUAAAGGACAAAAAAAAACUCAAUGAUACAUCAAGAUUGAUUAGGAAUGAGACAAUAGUUAUGUUAUUAAUAAUCUAUGUUCACUAUUUGUUAUAAAGAAUGAUGGAGAAACUGCUUUUCCAGGAAAUUCCAUGAGAAACAUUAAGUGAUAGAAACUUAAAUAUACAUAAACAACCUGUCAGGAAUAUGUAAAUAGUCUGGUAAAAUGGUGCAUAUAUGUCUUUGAUACACGACACAUCUGAGCAGCCCACUGCUUUCAUCACUCCUAUUUUUUUUUUAAAUGAAGGGAAACUAAACUUCACCGGUGCUUGACCUUGAAUGUGUGUUAUGUGUGGAGAUUCUUCCUGAAAACUGGCCCGCUGACAGGCACAUAAUACAAAAGAAAAAGAAAAGCUGCAUGAUCUUACCAGAGGUGUUGUCUUUUAGGUUAUUAAUCAACAGCAAAGUAAAACCAAAAAUAUGAAUAUUCUGUUUUUUUUUUUGUUUGUUUGUUUGUUUUUUAUUGGACAAUACAAAGUAUUUAUUCAUGAGAGAUACGCUGAGAGGAAAACACUAAGUGAAUGAUAAACUGUAAGCAAUAUAAUAAUUUAACAUCAGACAGGUGACUUGUGAGGUACAGUAUAUGAAUUGGUUUACCUGUGCCUUGCCAGGUUGGAGGGAAUGAAGUGUAAAUGCUUAAAAAUACAUUAAAAUUUUGUGACUUCAAACAAAAACUGUUCAUUGGAGUUGCAAGACAGAAGGAGUAGUCGUUCAAAUAAAUCUUACAUGACAAAUGACAAAUUUCAGCAUCAUUUAAACUGCAGUGCUUCACCUGAGCAAAGUGCCACAUCCUCUUUUAUGGAUUACAAGGAGUGCUGUUUUUUUUUUUUUCUUCAAUCUACUUUAAUGGAGGUGAGGCAUUACGUUUCUGUUGUGUCACUGAGAGGCUAUAGAUUGAUAGCAAAUUAUUAGUAUAGCAAAGUUAAUAUAAUUUAAACCAACAAUUUGGGUU